UCCUCCCGGCCGCCCCGCCCUCCGCCCUCGCAAUAAGGGGCGCGGGCGCGCGCGGGGGGGGCCGCGCCGUCGGGGCAGCGUGGCGGCCGCGCCAUGGAGCUGUGGCCCUGGCUGACGGCCGCGCUGCUGGGGCUGCUGCUGCUGCUGCGGCUGCACCGCGCCGCCAACUUCUGCGCCAGGAUCGCGCUCUACUGCGCGCUGUGCCUGGCCGUGUCGGCGCUCGCCUCGCUCGUCUGCCUGCUGCGCCACGGCGGCCGCACGGUGGAGAACAUGAGCAUCAUCAGCUGGUUCGUGCGGGGCUUCAAGUACGUGUACGGCAUCCGCUUUGAGGUCCGGGGCCGGCCGAAGCUGGAGGUGGAGCAGCCGUGUGUCAUCAUCUCCAACCAUCAGAGCAUCCUGGACAUGAUGGGCCUCAUGGAGGUGCUCCCCAGGCGCUGUGUGCAGGUGGCCAAGCGGGAGCUGCUGUUCCUGGGGCCCGUGGGCCUCGUCAUGUACCUGGGCGGCGUCUUCUUCAUCAACCGCCAGCGCUCCAGCACUGCCGUGAGCGUGAUGGCCGACCUGAGCGAGCGCAUGGUCAGGGAGAACCUCAAAGUGUGGAUCUACCCCGAGGGCACGCGCAACACCAACGGCGACCUGCUACCCUUCAAGAAAGGCGCCUUCUACCUGGCGAUCCAGGCCCAGACCUGCAGCUGUCGCCCCCACCGCCGCCCCCGCUGCCCGUCUCUGUCACAGGUGCCCAUCAUCCCCGUGGUCUACUCGUCCUUCUCCUCCUUCUACGACAUCAGCACGAAGCUGUUCACCUCAGGAACCAUCAGGGUGGAAGUGCUGGACGCCGUCCCCACCAGCGGCCUCACCGUGGCCGACGUCCCGACGCUCCUGGACACCUGCCACCAGGCCAUGCGCAGCACCUUUCUGCACAUAUCCAAGACGCCCCAGGGGGACGGGGCGGCCGAGGGGUCCGGGGCCCAGGCCGCUCAGUAGCCCCGGCCACAGCUGGGGGGACGGGCAGGGCCUGUGCGAGGACGGACUGAGGGACCCCCCCCCCCCGGCUGCCAAGUAGCACUGCACCGCCCACUGGCCGCCCGGCUGUCAUUCAGGGCCAGGGCCCGGGGCAGACUGGCCUCGCGCCCAGGGCCCCAGGCCAGCGGAGGAGCAGCAGCACCAGGUCCUGGGACGGCUCGGAGCAGGCGGGGACGGCCCACUGCGUGCGCAGACCACAGGCCGGCAGGGGCUGGGACUCCCUCCCGGUGGUCUCACUGGAGCCGGAGGGCGGGGCCUGCUCCCCCCAGCCUCGAGGCCUGCUCGCUGUCAACGCUGUCUCGGUUAUUUUUAUAAAGGAACUCUGGGAA